GAAAUGAAAAUAGCAUUUGAUUGUCAUUUGUCAAAUUGGUUUUUGAUUUAAUUUAUUUGUGGUGCUCCAGUUGGUCCAGUCUUUUUGAUUUGCAGUGACUUAUUUUAAUAAUAUUUAACAUUCCAUUGUUUUCUAUGAUUCAACUUGAUCCAGUUUCUUAUUUUAAUUCAAAUCAUUUUACAUCUGUAAUCUCUCCAUUCUGUUGUCGAUCCAAUUUAUUCCAUCUCAUCAAUUUCAUCUAUUAUCCUUGCUUGUAAACUCACAUUUCCUAUUUAUUUUUUAGCUGCUAACCUUGAUUAGUUAAAUGAAUGAAUCAAAAUGCUGAUGGAAAAUUUAUGGAAGAAACGGAUCAUGAUUCAAGUGCCAAUUUGGAUCCCAGGAUUGGUAUGAGACUGGAAGAUCUCAAUAAAUGGACUGGUAAAAUAAACGCUUUGGAGAAGAGCUUCGAGGAAGCUAAUUCCAAUUUUCGUCUUAUUUUAAAUGAAUCUACGGAUCGACUCAAAUCAUUAGCAUCGAAGUUGGGUAAAUCAAUUGAAGAAUCAAGGCCUUAUUAUGAAGCCAAAGAAAAAUUGAUUGAAGUGCAAAUAAAAUGUCAACGAGCAGCAAUAAACUAUGAAAAAGCAUGUCAAGCGUAUCUUGAAGCAAAAGAUCGGAUUAAAUUAGCGGAGAAAAAAUUUGCUUCAGCAUCCAAUGAGUUUGAUACGACAUGGCAGGAAAUGUUAAAUCAAGCUAAUAUCAAAUUGAUGGAGGCUGAAACUAUGAAAAAGCAAAGUGAACGAAUCCACCAGCAAUCGAUGAAAGAUUUUCACAGCGCAGAGAUUGUCGUUUUCAAGCUCGAAAAGAAGCUCAAAGGAGCCCUUCAACGGUCAAAAAUUUAUUUUGAUGAAAAAAGAAGAUUCCAAGAGCAAUUGGCUCUAGUCAAAGAAGAGAUUGAAUUAACCAUUAGUCAAAUUAAUUGUUCCAAGGCUCGUUAUGCUGCAACAUUGAAAGAAUUGGAGGCAAUUUCAGAGGAAAUUCACGAGAAACGUAAUUGUUCAAUUUUGAAGCAUCUCAAAAGAGAGCCUGGAGUUGGAGCUGAAUAUAAACCUGACAUGCUUACACUUGAUUCAUGUAAGAUGCUGAGCCCUACUCAAUUGGAUAAGUUUGAUUUGCAAAUCUCCGAAACAUUCAACUGCCAACAAACUGAACAUUUUGAAUCAAGUGAUAAUGAUUCACACAGCCAAGCCUCUACUUCCGAUGCCAUCAAUUAUACAAAAGACUCCCAUUCUUUAGAUGCAUUUACAAAGGAUGAAAACGCUGAAGUCAAUGAUGUUGAUAAACGCAAAGUUUUAGAUGACGUAUGCGCUGACCAAGAAACCAAAUCAGUAUCAGAUGCAUUAGAUGAAAAAGAAAUCCAAGUGAAAAGCGAAGACAACUCGAAAUCUGAAAAUUCAGAUGAAAGUCAAGAUGGAACUUCAGAAGAAUUCUAUGAAUCAGAUAAAGAAGAAGACACGGGAGAAGAUGAAUAUCAAGAUGUUGAAGAGGUUAAAACGCUGCCCGACUUGACCAGUAUCAAUCUAAACGAAACUCACUAAUUGUCUCUAUUUAGAAAUUUGUGAAUCAUAGUCUUGGGAUUCUAUUCACAUUGCAAAUUUUAAAAUUCACUUCAAGUUCAACUUUUGCUUAUGCUUAUUAUUUUUUAGCACUUUUCCCUGUAAAUAUUGUGAAAUCAAAUUACCAUCUCAAGUAUAAUUUUUAAUGUCAUCACCUUAACCCAUAAUAUUUAUUUUUGUUCUAUUGUGUUGAAAACGAAAAAUGUUUAAUUUGAUUGAAAAAAACAAACUAAAUGUCAAAAAAAUGACCAGUCGUUCCCGGUAUACUAUGUAAUUUGAUUGCUGAAAUUCUCAUUCAUCUAUUCAUCAAAUGUAGAACUUUUAUUUUGCUCUUAGUACUGUAUAAAAUUUUAAUCAUCUUAUCAAAUUUGCUAAUCAUUAGAAUAAAAUUCUAUUGUCCAUUAA